CCAUUAAUUAGAGCAACGAAAACAAAGAAAACUGCUCUUGGAAACGUGCCAAUUCGUCGGGAUUUCACUUUACGCCCUCGUAAUAUCAUAGGCCACUCAUGGCAGUUUCGGAGAAUCCCAACGUCUGGGAAACCACAGACUAAUUGGGGGGAGAAAUGGUUUUGCGUUAUAUUCGCGAAACACAACAUUUAUAAAUAAAAUUCCCAUUCACCGUCACCUCAGACCUUGACUUCGCUGCUCCGCAAGCUGACCGUAUCAGACUGCCACUAGUGUUUGUGUAUGUGUGUGUGUGGUUAUUUGCCACCGGUUUUAAAUAACUAGCUGUAACAUUUCAACUCAGUUGUUGUGUUCGAUCUGUGUGAAUUGUGGUGAAGAUCCAUCAUGUCUGUGAGCCACUCUGAAGUGAAUAACCAUCAUGGCAACGAGAACGUGCCUUUGUUGGAGGUUGGAACCAACGGCAGCAUCAGCAAACCCCCCAUAGCAACGAUUGAAACCUUGGAAGACGACGACGAUAGAGAAACAGUGACCAAACCCUAUCCAGGUGUUGACGAUGGCUUCUUCAAUCCCAAUUCCAACCACCCGGACAUUGAACCCAACAUACCGGUGUUAUCAAAUCGGGCCGGAGAAGCAGAUGAAAGCGAUGGCAAAUCAGUUGGUGUGGGCACUGGUACCGUAGUACCCAUCCACCCCGACACCCGACAUCACUUCCCCUAUGCUCCGGGCUACGGACCGGACUUUGAAGGUACCUUCACCGAUUUGGAAUCCAUUCCUGACGUCAACGUGUACCAACACAAGAAGACGCUGGCUCAGGGGAUGAUGGAUCUGGCCCUGUUUUCGGCGAACGCCAACCAGUUGAGAUAUGUCCUGGAAACUUACAACAGGCAUCCUUAUUAUUAUCCCAGUGUCAUCUUAAUAACCAUCAGCUUAUUGUUACAGGUUGCCGUUGGGAUAGGUUUAAUAUGGAAUGCCACGUACAACGUUAAAGAUAAAAAAGAGAUUUGUAUAGCGAAUAAAAUCAACAACUUUACCAUAAUUGGAAUUUUCCUGGUAACUGUAGUGAAUGUAUUUAUAUCUGCGUUUGGCGUUGCGGAUCCAGUGGUGCAGUUACAGACUUAAAAUGUGCUUUAAAUGUGUUUGACUUAUUAAUUAAGGAUGGUUAAUUAGUAUUGUUUGAGGUCUAGCUUUAGGAAGAACUGAUUUUGUAAUAUUUUGUUAUUAUUCUGUUAGACAGAAUAUGUAUUUGUGAUCUCGAUUUUGUACAUUACAUAAAUUAUAUUUAUAUAAACUUAAUAA